AUGUCCUCCUUAGUCACCUACCUCGUAUGGCUCUUCGUCGGCCUCGGCUUCGUUCUUGCCGCACCCGCUGAGCAGUUUGCAGACCACCCCACUGCCGGUCCGUAUCCCUACUCCCUCCAGAUCCAGGUCGAGGAGGUAGAUACCAAGUACUACGUGUGGGACAUCUUCCAGGGACCUAGCGGCGUAGCCGUGAACCCCUGUGGAGACACUCGCUUCGAGAAGGUCUAUCAUGGCGAGCCCGGAUGGCAUACCAACAAGCCAGACAUGGACAGCCCUCCUUACCCUAAGAACUACUUGCCGUUCGUUCCCGAGUUCGAGGUCCCGAUCGAGUACGGCAACCGCGGCGACUGUGCCUACCACGCUACUGGUAAAGACGCGGGCCAGUUCCGUUGCGGCGACUACUACAUAAUCGACUGCGCCAAGGACCCUCGAUAUGGACAACAAGUUUCCUGCGGUAACCCGCGUCCACGCUACGCUGUGGCCUGGUACUGCGAGUUCUAG